AAUGCAGUGACCUAUGAUGAUGUGCAUAUCAGCUUCACUUGCAAAGAAUGGGCUUUGCUGGAUCCUUCCCAGAAGAAUCUCUACAAAGAUGUGAUGCUGGAGACUUACAGUAACCUUGCUGCUAUAGGCUACACAUGGGAAGCCCAUAAUAUUGAAGAACAUUGUCAACGAUUUAGAAGACACAGAAGGCUUAAAAGAAGUUAUACUGAAGAGAAACCCUACAAAUGUAGUCAAUGUGGUAAAGCCUUUUCACAGAGGAGUCACCUCCAUGCUCAUAAAAGAACCCAUACUGGAGAGAAACCCUAUGAAUGCGAUCAAUGUGGGAAAGCCUUUUCACAAUGUAGUCAUCUCAACACUCAUAAAAGAAUUCAUAGUGGAGAGAAACCCUUUCAAUGUAAUCAAUGUGAGAAAGCUUUUGCAGAUCACAGUUAUCUUAAAAAACAUGAAAAAACUCAUACUGGAGUGAAACCCUAUGAAUGUAACCAAUGUGGUAAAACCUUUUCAAAACCUGAGAGUCUCCGAAUACAUAAAAGGAAUCAUGCUGGAGAGAAACCCUAUCAAUGUAAUCAAUGUGAGAAAGCUUUUGCAGAUUACGGUUAUCUUAAAUUACAUGAAAGAAUCCAUACUGGAGAGAAACCCUAUAAAUGCAGUCAAUGUGGGAAGGCCUUUUCACAACAGAGUCAUCUCAACAUUCAUAAAAGAACCCAUACUGGAGAAAAACCCUACGAAUGUAAGCAGUGUGGUAAAGCUUUUUCAAAUUGCAGUGCUCUUAAAAUACAUGAAAGAAUUCAUACAAGAGAGAAACCCUAUGAAUGUAAUCAAUGUGGGAAAGUGUUUUCACAUGGGUCUAGUCUCCGGAUACAUGAAAGAACUCAUACUGGUGAGAAACCCUUUGAAUGUAAUGAAUGUGGGAAAGCCUUUCGAAAACGCAGUGCUCUCCAAACGCAUAGGAGAACUCAUACUGAUGAGACACCCUGUGAAUGUAAGCAAUGUGGUAAAGCUUUUUCAAAUAGCAGAGGUCUUAAAAUACAUGGAAGCAUUCAUACUAGAGAGAAACGCUAUGAAUGUAAACACUGUGGGAAAGUGUUUUCACACAAGCCUAGUCUCCGGAUACUUAAAAGAACUCAUACUGGUGAGAAACCCUAUGAAUGUAAUGAAUGUGAGACAGCUUUUCCAAAACCCAGUGCUCUCCAAACGCCUAAGAGAACUCCUACAAGGGAGAAACCCAAAGAGACCGACCUACAAUGUUGGAAAACCUUUUCACAACAUAGUCAUCUCCAGAUUCAUAAAAAAAAAAAAAAACUCAUACUAAGGGAAGACAUCCAAGGCGCAUCUGAAGCAACUCAGUCUAGGGAGACACAAGCCAACCACUUGUGUCCUGGGCUGGCAGAAAGACAACCAUAGCUCAUAUGAUCCUACUUUAUUCAGGCAGUCACAAGCCACCCCCAAGCCAGCCUGGUUCUUCCAAUUAUGCCAUGGCAAGAAGGUAUCUGUGGGUCCAUACGAUGCCAAAUGGCUCAGGUGGACACAAGCCACCCAUAGGCCAGUCUGGAUCCUCAAGACCUCAGCUGACAGGAAGACAUCCAGCACUCAUCUGAUGCCACGUGGCUCAGGCAGACACAGGCCACCUCAAGACCUGGGCUGGCAGGAAGACAUCCAAGGCCCAAGCUGGCACUAGGCAAGUGGGUCAAAAUAUGAUAAGCAAGUAUGUGGUAGGGAAAGAAACAGAAUGGUCCAUGUACUGUAGAACAAGACAGGGCAGAUGUUAAGGUGGUAAGGAGUAGACAUGGGUGGGAGGCCUUGCUACUCAGUGACUUCAUGACAUCCAGGCCUAGGCUCCUGCCAAGGGCUAUCUCAGGGUCCAUGAUCCUCUCAGAGCAAGAAUUUGUGGCCAUUUAUGGUCCAUGUUGCCACCAGUGGCCAUCUAGGUGUCUUAAGAGCCAUGCUGAUCUUGGUAGACUGCUGCCAGCUGGGGCUAUUAUGUGUUCCAGUCCUGAGCUGCUGCUGAGUGCCAUGUGUGGGUCCAUAGCCAGUGUCAACUCCAUGUGUGGGUCCAUAGCCCUACAAGAGCCAGGGUCUGAGUUGACACCUGUUGCUCUUCUUGCAACUUAAGGCGGUGGGCGCCUGGAGUCUGGUAUGCCACCUGGGACCAUAUUGGUGCACAAAGGCCAUACUGCAUCUGGGAUCUUCAGAUCUAACUGGCAUGUAAUACUCUGAUGCUAUUGUGACAUCUGGGCCAGAGCUGCAGCUGGGGGCCAUGUCUGGGUCAGUGACCUUACUGAAGCCAGGAUAUAUUCUGAUGGUUGUGGCUCUAGAUGCCACAACGGUCAUGUGGAUUCCUGGUAAUCUGGGUCCAUGUUGGUACUUGUAGUAGUUUGAAGGUUUUUGGCCCCCAUAAUCUCAUAGGGGUGGAACUAUUUGUUGAAGUGGGUAUGGCCUUGUUGUAUGAAGUGUGUUAUCUUCAGGGCAGUCUUUGACAUUUCUUGUGCUCAGGAUACCCACCACUGUCUCAUCAACUUCCUAUUACUUUAAGAUGUAGGACUCUUAGCUAUCUCUCCAUCACCGUAUUGCCUGCAUGCCACCAAGCUCCGGGCCAUGAUGAAAAUGGGCUUCAGUCUGACAUUGUAAGCCAACCACUCUAAUUAAAUGUUUUCUUUAUGAGAGAUUCUCAUGUUGUGUCUUCAUAGCCAUAAAAAUCCUAACAUAGAUAGAAGAUGGUGCCAGAAUUGGGGUAUUGCUGUGAUAGGCCUGACCAUGUUUUUGGAGGAAUUUGGUAUUUUGGGGUUUGGAAAGCAGGAAAUACUUUAAGCACUGUUUAAUGGGCCAUACUAGGGGGUGCAUGGAAGACAGUGGUGCGAAAUAUAAUUUGAUGAACUUUGAGGGGCUCACUCAAGCGUUUUCUGAGAAUUUUCGUAUCUUCUUUAGAAAGAUCAUUCUUGUUACUGUUUUGCUGAAGAAAAUGCUGCCUUUUUCCCUUAUCUCAAGAGUCUCCCUGAGCCUAAAGUGAAUAAAUUUGAAUUAAUUCCAUUGGCAGAAGAAAUCUCAAAAAAGCCCCGUAUAGAAUCUGUCGUGUGGUUAUUAAUGAAGAUUUAUAAUGAAAAGGAGCAAGCUGAACAGGUAAACUAAAUUACAAAAUGUAAAAUUUAAGGAGAAACGGAACACCAAAAAGUAAAAUGGAAAUAAGUCCUGUGUUUAAAGAGAUAAAGAAAUGGUGAUUUCGGCAAAGACCCUACCCAGCUGUUUCCAAAAGGCCUAAUGUGGUGGUGCUUGCCUUUAAUCCCAGCACUCUGGAGGCAGAGAUAGGCAGAUCUCACCCAGCUAAAUUUCCAAUUUGUGAAAAGUAAUUUAAGAGAAACUUAGAGCAGGGUGUGUUGGUGAACAGGUUUGAUCCCAACACUCAGAAGUCAGAGGCUGAUGGAUCUCUGAGUUUGAGGCCAGCCUGCUCUACAGGGUCCAAAAACAUCCAACCUUAGGGCACUGAAUGUGGAAAACAGAUUGAACACGGGGGUGGGGAGGUGGCAUGUUCCAGCCCAAGGAAGCAGCAGAACUUGGCAAAUUUGAUCAUGUGGUUCAAACUUUUGAGUUGAGAGUAGAAGAAAUGGGUUAUGGAAACAGCCACCAUGCUUAAGGAACAUCACUGAGGCCAGGCAUGUAUCAGGAGUGUGCUUGAAUGGAGUUGAAGUCUGGAUUUCCUUGGAGGACCCAAGAUGUUAGAGACUCGAGAGUCAUGGGAUACCUGCCGAGGACAGCUGCUAACGGAGUGGAAUCAAGAAGUGUAUUGCAUCAACAAAGCUGAACAGAGUUGGAGAUGGUGUUUUGAUGCAGAAUUUGGAGUAUGCCCCCCCCCCCUGUUUUUUGGUCUUGUUUUGGUCCAGUAUUUUUUCACUAUUCUCCAUUCCCUACAUUUUGGAAUGUUAAUGGAUAUUCUAAGCCAUUAUAUGUUGUAAGUAUGCAAUCUUUUUGGUCUUGAUUUUACAGGGCAUUAGAGUUAAGAGAUUACAUGAUCUCAAAAGAGACUUUGAACUUCCAAGCAUUGAUGAGACAGUGAUAAACUAUGGGUACAUCUGUAGUUGAACUGAAUGUAUUUUUCACUGUGAUAUUGUUAAAAUGUUUAUAGGGGCCAGGAAGUAGAAUGUGGUAGUUUAAAUGUACUUGCCCCCAAUAAUCUCAUAGGGGAUAGUGCUAUUAGGAGAUAUAGCUUUGUUGGAGGAAGUAUGUCUUGGGGGGAGGUAGGGGUUUGAGGUUUCCUAAGUGUCUUGAGUUAACUUCCUGUCACCUACAA